AUGGAGAAAGGCAAUGCAACUGCAACGAUCAAUAUUGCAGAGACAAGCAGCGAGAGGAAGGGGAAGGCACCACUUCUGGCAGCUCCAAUGGAGCAUGCAAAGGGAGGGUACAAGAGGGGAAUUGCGAUAUUCGACUUUGUUUUGAGGCUAAGUGCCCUUGUAGCUGCUUUAACUGCCACAAUCACCAUGGGAACUACUGAUCAGACUCUCCCUUUCUUCACUCAGUUCUUCCAGUUCCAAGCCAGCUAUGAUGAUCUCCCUGCUUUUGAGUAUUUUGUGAUCACAAAUCCCAUAGUCCGUGGCUACCUUGUCCUCUCCAUACCCUUCUCUAUUGUUUGCAUCGUCCGCCGCCCUCACGCAGUAGGACCAAGGCUCCUUCUCAUCAUCCUUGACACAGUAAUGGUUGCUUUAACCACUGCGGUCGCUAGUGCAGCUGCAGCCAUAGUCUACUUGGCUCACAACGGUAACCCAAGCGCGAAUUGGCUGGCAAUCUGUCAGCAAUUCACCGAUUUCUGCCAGAAAGUCAGUGGAGCGGUGGUGGCGUCGUUCAUCACGGUGGUUAUGUUCUUGUUCCUGGUUGUGCUGUCUGCAAUCGCCCUUAGAAGAAACUAA